AUGGAGAUGAGCGAGGAGGAUAUCGGUGGAAGCAUGGUUGAGAUAGGACCGACCGUUGAGUUGUCUUUGAACUCGGUGAUAGCUACUACUGAAACGACACAAUAUGGGGUGAUCAUGGGCUCCGGCAAGGCUGUUCAAGGGAAGAGAAUGUGCACGAGAGUAGUCAUUGGAUUACCCGAGCUGACCGUAGUAGAAGACUUUUUGCCUUUAGAACUCGAGAACUUGGACAUGGUCUUGGGAAUGCAGUGGCUACAAAAACAGGGUUCCAUGACGGUUGAUUGGAGGAACUUAGCCAUGACUUUCGCGGUCGGUGACGUUAAGGUAGUGUUAAAAGGGGACCCGUCGCUGACAAGAAUGGAGAUCUCCCUAAAGAUGCUGAUGAAACAGUGGCAACCGAAUGACAGGGGAUACCUGGUGGACUUCCGGUCCAUGGGAAUAUCGAAAGCUGACAGCAAGGAUGUGGAAUCACAUUUGGAGCAUCUCACGAUCGUGUUUACACUGCUACGGGAAUAUAGUUUGUUUGCAAACUGGAAGAAAUGUCACUUUGGAAGGGAACGAAUUGAAUAUCUGGGACACUGGGUAUCAUCAAACAGGGUGGAGGCUGAUAGGGAAAAAAUCCGAGCAAUGCUGGAAUGGCCAAUUCCCCGGAACAUUAAGGAGCUGCGGGGAUUCUUGGGGUUGACCGGCUACUACCACCGCUUUGUGGCCAAUUACGGCACCCUUGCUGCUCCUCUCACCCGAUUGGCAAAGAAGAAUAGUUUUCACUGGACAGAAGAAGCCACAUCGGCAUUCGAGCAACUGAAAUCGGCUAUGGUUACCCGUGUUGGCUUCACCUGA